GAUGUGAAGUAGUGUGCUGGGGGAGUCAUCGCGGAGCAUCUUCUCUUGAUCUGGCAACCUCCGGCAAACUGCGACAGCACAGCAGCGCCAAUGGCAGCUGAACAUCCGCACAGCACCGCGAGCAGGAUGACAGCAACAAGGUUUAAGUAGUUCACACAGGAGUGUGUGCAAUCCAAAAGCUCUACCCAAGAAGUGUUAAGAGUCCAGCAAUGAAUGAGAUUCCUUGGUUGCAGCCGAGGUGAGGGCUAAGCAUGGUGCGUGAAUCCGAAGCGUCGAGGCAAGCGUGACAGUAUGUUCUGCGUCGCAGCAACUCAAAAUGGAAAAGCACCCAUGCAGGGAGGAGAACAUUGACUCAAGCGGGGCCCAGCAUGCCACCGACAAGCCUGAAGAUGGCAGCAGCUCGGAAAGCGAUUCUGAAGAGCAGCAGUGCCCAAAGGUUCAGGUGAACAGCAGCUGCAAGAAGUGGGAGCCCCUGGCUGUCACUAAGCCCCAUCGUCAGCUGUGUCGCUCCCCAUGCCUCGAUCAGCCCAGUUUUUCCCAGAGUAGCACAGUACAAGAUGUCCGCGAGGAUUGCAAUAGCGCAGGGCCAGCGAUCAAGGUGGCCAGUGACAAGGAGUACCAGACAAAAAUGGACUUUGCUUUAAAGCUGGGCUACUCGGGGGAGCAGGUGGAGACGGUGCUCAACAAACUCGGGGCCACUGCACUUAUUAAUGACAUUCUGGCAGAGCUAGUAAGGCUUGGAAACAAAGUGGAACCUGAAUGUCAACCUUGCAGCAGUGCAGUCACAUCACUAUCAUGUGCACCCUGUGUUAAAGAGACUGCUAGUCCUGAGGUGUCUGCGGAAGAAGAUUCUGUGGAAAUGUAUGAUAAUCUCCGGCCUAUUGUCAUUGAUGGCUCAAAUGUGGCAAUGAGCCAUGGAAACAAAGAGGUUUUCUCUUGCCGUGGUAUCCAACUUGCUGUUGAAUGGUUCCUAGAAAAGGGGCACAAAGACAUCACUGUGUUUGUCCCAGCCUGGAGAAAGGAGCAGUCGAGACCCGAUGCCCCUAUUACAGAUCAAGAAAUUUUACGCAAGCUAGAAAAAGAGAAGAUCCUGGUUUUUACCCCAUCUCGAAGGGUCCAAGGCAGAAGAGUGGUCUGCUAUGAUGAUCGCUUCAUAGUGAAGCUGGCUUAUGAUUCUGAUGGAAUUAUCGUGUCAAAUGACAAUUACAGAGACUUGCAGAAUGAAAAACCAGAGUGGAAGAAAUUCAUCGAGGAACGACUCCUUAUGUAUUCAUUCGUCAAUGACAAGAUCUACCAGAAAACCUCUCAGUACAAACCCAUACAGUUGAGCUACACAACAAAUUACAGACUCAAAAGAUUCAUGCCACCUGAUGAUCCACUGGGAAGACAUGGUCCAAGCUUAGAAAACUUCCUUCGCAAGCGUCCUGUUGUUCCAGAGCAUAAAAAACAACCUUGCCCAUAUGGCAAAAAGUGCACAUAUGGACACAAGUGUAAAUACUAUCAUCCGGAGCGUGUCAAUCAGCCACUACGGUCAGUCGCCGAUGAACUGCGGGCUUUUGCUAAACUGUCUGCUGUGAAGACAAUGAGCGAGGGGGCCUUAGUUAAAUGCGGCACUGGUCCGGCAGUUGUGAGCAGAGACAACACAUCAGAAGUCAAACGUGUUGCGCCCAAACGGCAGUCCGACCCAAGUAUCCGCUCAGUGGCCUGCGAGCUUUCAGAAACACUGUCCGUUGUCAGGAAGUCUGAAACAAAUUCAGUGCCUUCCCUUGUGACUGCUCUAAGCGUGCCCACCAUGCAGCCUGUUAAGAGCCACGCAGCUGGGGCUUUGAACACGCGAUCCGCCAGCAGCCCAGUGCCAGGUUCUUUGCAGUUCUCACACAGUUCACUGGAGCACAUGUCUAGUGUACAGUACCCGCCCAUUUUGGUAACUAACAGCCAUGGCGCUUCUGUUACAUACAGCGAGCAGUUCCCAAAAUAUGACUCCGUCAGCGACCAUGGCUAUUAUUCACUGCAUAGCGAUUUUUCAAACAUGAGCAUGAGCAGUAUGCACAAUGUUGACAGUUUCUGUAGCAUAGAGCACGAGCACAGUGUGUGCCAGAGAACUCGCAGCCACUGUCCUGAGUCCUGCCUCAGCCACUCCAACAGCGACUCGUUCUCCUCAUAUGGUGACCUGUAUCCGAGCUCUGUGGACGGUAGCCUGGAGGAGAGCCUGAAGGGGCAGCAGCAGCCCCCUGCCCCAGGGAGAAUGCAGACUUUCUCCCAUGGGUUUCGGCACGAAGCAUUGUCUAGGGUUCAGAGUUAUGGACCGGAGGAGCCCAAGCAGGGUCUACGUAAGCAGCUUGGAGCACACCUAGCACCACACAUCCAGCAUGUUGCAGUGGGGGCCAGGUCAAGCUGCCCUGGAGACUACCCCCUCACUCAGAAUGUCCUCCCGCCAUUCUCCUCACAGGCGACGCGAUCCCUCGGCAUGACUCGCAUGGACAGCAUAUCCGAUUCCAGGCUGUACGAUAGCAACCCAAUGAGACAAAGGCGACCGCCACUGUGUCGAGAGCAGCAUGCGAGCUGGGACCCCUUGCCUUGUGGAAACGAGUCUUACGGAUAUCACUCUUACCCACUGAGCAACAACUUGAUGCCGUGUUGCGAGCGGGUGAUGGUCCGCAGCAUGCCCGACAAAAUGGAGCAAAUCUGGAACUCGCCGUGGGAGCCCCUACCUGCAGCUGAACACCAAGAACGGUAUGUCAUCCCAGACCACCAGUAUCAAACAUAUCGGAACCUUUGUAACAUCUUCCCUGCAUAUGUGGUCCAUUCAGUAAUGGAGAAAAACCCUCAUUUGACAGACCCCCAGCAACUCGCAGCUGUCAUUGUUACAAAUCUGAGGUCUUGUCACUGAGGAAUCUUUCUUUUAAAAAUUAUUCAAAUUGAAGGCGAUUAAGGAAAUAGAGUAUUUUGAUUGCAAAAACAGGCACUUCAUAAAUGUUGACAAAAGUGCAACAUUUGCCCUCAGGAGUUUUUUUUUUUUUUUUUUAAUUAAAUCAGCUGCAAAUUCUGACAGUCUUACAUUAGUAAGAUGAUAUCAGUAAAACACAUUUUUUUUAGUAGAAUUAUAGGAUGGCUACCUUUUUAUAAGAAGUGUGGUGCACUUAUGGAUUGUGUCAUAGCACAUCCAUUAUACUUGAGCAGGAGCUAUAUCUCCAUUCAACUUAUUGAUUUUGAGUUGUAAAGUAAUAUGUCAAAUAUACAGAAAUUCCCUGCAAUGUUGUCUGGAAUGUUUUGAUUCAGCUAACUAGUUGACUAUCUGAAUAUACCCUAUCCCAAACUAAACUACAGCAUCUUUAAAUCAAGAAUGUCAGUUCUUUAAGUAAGCACAAAGGUCCCAUUCAGGUCAUGUGGAUGUGCUAUGAAAGGCAUUUUAAAUAUGUCUGAAACUCAAUAACUUUCUUCAGCUUUGCCUCCGCUGUAAAUAACUUUUGUGACUUUUUUUGUGCAUUUCUUUCUAAGACAAGGGGGAGGUACACGCAUACCUCCAAGCAUGUACUAUGACAUUUAAUGGCCUUAUAUCUGAAUGACCUCACACUUUAGUCGUCGUCUCGGCGGGUUUCAAUGAACGUACUUUACGUUGAAGCCUCCUACUUUUUAAAUGUAAAGCACUAGCUCAGUAUCUAAAGAUAUCUAUUUUCUCAGUCUCACUUACAAAGCUACUAUUUUGGUAGAAGUUGACAGUGCACAAAGCAAGCCAAAAAAGAGAUUUGUCUUGUAUACAAGUGCACAUGUUAAUCUAUGUACAUAAAAGCCAUUAUGUCAGUCAUUUAUAAGCUGCUAAAUAAUGCCAAAAAAGGUCAUUAUUCUGACGUCACAUUACAUUUAGCUUCAUGUAAUUGGACUUGUUAAUCAUUUUCCAUUUCCAAUGGUGUAGUGUAUAUUUGGUUGUACUGAAUAUUUUUAAGUAAAAAUAGUAUUAUAUAAUAUAUACAUUAGUAGCUCCUCUGAACUCCUUCAAGUUGUCAGUGGUCUAACCUUUUUGUAUCAAAGACCACUUUUACAUGCACUUAAAUGGACUGAUUUUAACUUUUGUCAACACCUGGUGGGGGGCUGGCUUUUAUUUCUUGUGAGUUUGGGCUUGAAGACUUAAGUAUUUCCAAACCCACUCAGUGCAAAUACAUAAAAGACUGCAAAGCAGCUUUUUAAUGCAUGUACAAUAAAUUAGAUGAACAUGUGGCACUGAGAUAGCGGUAAAUCUGAAUGAAUGAUCUCAGAGCAUCAAGAGUAAAUAGUUACCUGUGCAUGGAAUCUGGGACACCAUUUCACUAAUGUGAUGUGUCUAAAUGCAAAGGCAACAAUGUUUACCAUCACAGUUUGCACACAGAUUUCUAUAAUUCCAGUAUUUCUGCUAGGCCUGCUAUGUUGUUAAAACGUAUACCACAUAGGCUGAGUUUCAAUAAUUGUAAAAAAAAACAAAAACAAUUUAAGUAAAUGCCAGACAGAAAACAAACAUUUAUGUUGUUUGGUUUUCACUGUAAAGGUGAACAGCUUAAAGAAAGACGGACUGAACAUACUGUAUGUUGAUGCAGCCGUGAGGCGGUUUGGCUGUGCCUUGCAGCACAAUGCUCUCAGGAUGCUUUAACUUUUUCUCUUCACCGGCCAAAAACCAGUGGUUACUGCUGGCAAGAGUCUAUUCUAAUAGUGAUAUAUUUUGUGACAAACUUGUACAUGUAAAUACUGUUAAAGCGUGACAAGUGCAUUGCAAACUUUGUAUUUUUGCGUUUGUCCGAAUUAGGCACCUUGAGAAGUUUAUUAAUGGGUCUGUUGAGGGGGCUUUACAUGAUGCAGAUUAUUUCAUACUGUGGCACAUAUUAAGCUUGUUACUGACACUCAAGUGUCACAAAAUAAGAGGAUGUCUUGUAAAGCCUGCCCAACGACAAGGUGACGUUCCUAAUGUAUUUAAAGGGAAAUACCACUCAAUUGAAUAUAUGACAUAGGAUCAAAUUCUUUGAAAAAAAACUCUAGGAGAUGCCUGAGUCUACAGAUGUGUCUAAUUUGGAAGGAAACAUUAUGUGGUGUUACUCUUUAACAAUGCAUUUAUGUGACUGUGAUUCUUUUUCUCAAUGGUGGUGCUUUAAAAAUAUAGAUUUCUCUAUAAUUUUAGGUAAAACCGCAGUGUAUAAACAUUCAUCAAGAAAAUAAUGAAUGUGUUAAGCCCAAAUGAAUUUUGGGUUUUGCUGACUAAGUUUUUUCAUGAAAAAGACAAGGCCACUUUAGGCCAGAUUCUGUUCAUGAGAAGGUGAAAACAAACCUGCCUAAAUGUUUCUACAUGUGAAACAAUCAGAUUGCAAGGCUGCUGUCACGGUUGUUUCUGGCAUUUGGCUCAACGUUUGCGUGCCGUCAUUUGAUUUAUUUUUUUCCCCUUGAGGUUAAUACACUGAUUUGGUUGCAGAUUAAAAGAAAACAAGUAAACACGAUGAGUGUUGCUGUAAUUUAGUUGCACUGAUGAUCUUAAUUCAUAACGUAGGUCAGCAAAAAUUAACGAUGACUUUAUUAAUGUACUCUUUUGUUUUGCAAGAGAAGGUCAGAUUUGUGGCAGCUGAGGUUUCAACUAAAUUACUCCCAUUUCCCCCUCUAGGGAGGUCUUUAUGAGAGUCUUGUAUAGUUGCAUUUUAAUAACAAGUAAAUUGAAAUAAUAGUAUUUGUAAAAAAACGAUUCACAUCCAAAUUCCGAUUAUUAUUCCGAUUAAAACUUAUUCCAUCAUUUUCCAAAAGAUUGUUUAUUUUUUUUAUUACAUUUUUAGUUUUUAAGAGGGGCUUUUGUAACCUAGAUUGAGAAGUUUUUUUUUAUUUCUUAAAACAUGAUUAAUAUACCAAUAAUAUAUUGGCAAGAAUCGAUUUGAAUUGAGAAUCGUGUUGAAUCGGGAAUCGAAUCGGCACCACAAGAAUCGGAAUUGAAUCGUGAGUUGUAAGAUUCCCAUCCAUAGCAUUUGGAUCAUUGUUUCUAUAAAUGAUGACGCUUUAGUACAACUUAUAUUAUUGUAUUUCAUUUAACACGCGCCGUUUGUCACUACCAGGCUUGUGCAAAAAUCUGAGUUGAAUUGAGAACGUCUCCGAAAUUACAAAAAGAAAGAAUUACAAUAUGAAUUGAAAUUCCAAUUGAGAAUUGUGGUGUAUUCCAGAAUCUCUCUUUACAGUUUAAUCCAUACAUGGCUGUUUCACAUAUUUCUUAAAAUAUUAGUAUUUACCUAAUGUCAGGACACAAUACACUUAAUUUAAGUAUAGAAUAACGCAUUUUCCGGACUACAGAGCGCACCGUGAUGUAAGCCGCACCCACUAAAUUUUAGAAGAAAAAAAAUAGUUUUCUAUAUGUAUUAGCCGCACUGGACUAUAAGCCACAGAUAUGAGUUCUUUACACAGAAAGAUUCUGUAAAUGUUUAUAGACAUACCUUAAUUGUUUCCAAAUGGUGUCUGUAACACGGCAGUAAGACUGCUGAUCAAACAAAACAAAAGUCAUCGUCAUGAACCCUCUAGCUGCGGAAGCUAGCUCUCCACUCAGAUAAACAGACUCGAAAACUCCAGAGUGACGUCUUGGUGAGUUUACUGAGGAAUUUGUGAGACUGGAACAAUACAAAAAGAAUCCCAAUGUAAGUCAAUAUUACUAACAGUCACUUGUAAACGUGUAAGCAUAUUGGCUAAUGCUAACAACGCUAGCGUCAUUAUAUUACGAUAUCACGUAACACUCCUACAGACAUCACACAUGGGACGGUUUAUUACGUAGAAACAGUUUUAGUUGUACUGUAAAACUUACAAUUAUUGCUUGGAGUGAUGAAUGUAAAAUCCAUGAGUAGAAACGCUAUAGACAGCUAGAAGACUGAACGGCACACCUAUUGGAAGAGAAAAAAAACUAAUUACCAUAAAUGGAAGGAGAUUGCAGCACCUGCAGUGAGCGAAUUCAUCCAAAACUUGGCGCCAUGGCACAAACAAUAAAACACCUUCUCAGGGUUUUUGAUUGGUAUUUUUUAUAAAAAAUGUUUUUAUUAUUGCUGUCAACUAAGAAAAAUCAAUUAGUUAGCUACUCAGUCUUACAAGCCGCAGGUUUCAAAGUGUAGGAAAAAAGUAGCGUCUUAUAGUCUGGAAUUUACGGUAUGUCUUUCAUCGACAAUUAAAAAUAACAUUCUAUAAAACAUAAUUGUGUGAAAUUAACAGUUAGCAUGUUAAUUGCACAUUUUGUAGGUAUAUACAGUACAACUAAAGUGUGGAUAUUGUUCCUUUCAAAUAAUGGAAAAUGUUGGAAAAAUACUUCAAAAUUGAGGAUAUUUGUGUUUGAUCUAGUGCAGUGAUUCUCAAACUAUUGUACGUGGGCUCCAUCUUGUGGUACGCCAAAGAAUCACUCAAUUAAUUAUUUAAACAGUGUUACUGUUCAAAAUGUGUGUAAUGUUACAGUGGCCAAAAAUAUUAAAUAUACUUGUUAUAUAAAGCAUCUGCCAUGUUUUUAAUGAAUAUUCAGGCCUAUUACGCUACUUUAUUUUAAUGUUGGUCAUUAUGGUGGUACUUGGAGAGCCAAGUGUUUUUUGAGUUGGUAAAAAAAAAAAAAAGAAAGUUUGAGAACCAUUGAUCUAGUGUUUGUACAGUUAUUUUUAGUAUUCAGGCCAAAACCUUCUGUUAAAUGUGACAGAUUAUUCCAUUUACUGUGAAUACAUUUCCUGAAUUGCAAUGAAUUGAAUUUCACUUCCUGUAAUUGUUGUUCAAAAUCCUGUGGGUUUGAACCAAUUCAAUUCCAAUCCUUCAAAUUUGGACCUUUGCAAAAGCCUGGUCACUACACAACUCGUUUGUUUUGUUUACAAUCCCUUAUACUUUUCAGGUCGGCUUUUUAGAUGUUUAACAGAAAAUGCUCAUAAAACUCUACUUCAGCUUUACAGAUGUUGUUUGGCAGGUUGUGUGUGUUGUCAUCCACAUGGUGGCAUUAGUCAUAUUAAAAAAAAAAAUUACAGCCACCAACAGAUUGUAUUUAUUAAACGUGGACAAAGGCACACUGUUACAGCUGAGGGCACUAUAUGAGGAAAUUGUUUAUCUAAGGACAGUUUAUUUUCUAUUCAAUACAUUUCUACACACAAUAUCAAUUCAAAUUAAAAUUUAAUCUGCGUCUUAAUCUCUUUUCACAAACAUCUUAAAAUGGAAAAAUUCUGAUUUUAUCAGGAUGCCAUUCAAACAUUUUUAGAAAUGUGGACAUAUGAUAGUCAUCUCACUCCCCGGGUCACUUUUUUUUCCCAUUUUUAGCUAAAGUCAUCACUGUCGCAAAGAACAAUCUAAUGGAGGUUCAAUAAUAGUAAUUGCCUGUAAACCCCCCCCCCCCCUUCUUUUGUAUGUGCCGCAAACAACCAAGCCACAAAUGUCUAGAAUUGACUUUUGCUUGUUGAUACAAAUUGUAUCUCUACCUUGAAUGUAAACUAAAUAUCAAAUGUAUAAUAUGAACAUAGUUUAAUUUAAAUAGAGGGGAAAAAUAAUGCCUAAUUUGUGUGACACUGUGUGUCACUGGGCCCAUUGGUAUGUACUAACUCUUAUUAGGUACAGUAGUUAAUCGUGUGGGACUUUGAGAUACGUGUGCGGCACUAAGCAUCACGCCCUCACUGUACAUAGCCAUGUGUUUAUCAAUGUUGUAAUUUGUGCAUCUAUUUUGUUGAAAUAUGUCUGCUAUUUUAAUGGAAUAUUUCAAUAUCUUGGAGGAUGUCUUGCUUUGUAUUACAUAUUUGCAUUUGGGGGCGGGGUGUUUUCUUUUUACACAGAUUGCCACACACCAAACUAAUAUAUUAUAAACUUUGUAAACUAGGAUUACUAAACACAAUGUCAGUUUUCUAUGAAUCUGUUUGAUGUUUAAUGUUCUUUUAAGAUCUAUAGUUCUCUAAAAACUGGAAUUUAUUGGAAUGUUUGGCAGGUGGUCAAAUGAGUAACUUGUGUUGACAUGUAUUGUUAUUUCUACAACCACUGAACUAUCGUAUUGAAGUGUAAAAUGAUCAUUUUGCUGUCAGUGGCCAGUUUAAUGUGUGUAGGGUUUUGGCUGGCCAUCAAUGAAAUUGCCCUUGUGCUAUUUUGAAAAUGGUAAAACUGCUGUUGUAUGUUAAAAAUAGCAUGUCAAUAGAUACGAUCACGACCAAAGUUUUGUUUAUUUUAAAAAUUGUACACAUGUACUUGUGACCAGUGGAUCAAACACACAUUGACACUAAGUGUACCAUGAUUGAUGCCAGCAUAUGUCUAAUAUACAGUAUGUACCUGGAUUAACAGAAUCAGUGUACCCAUCAUGACUAUGACUGAACAUACAGUAUUUACGGUGAAAUACUCAGGUUAAACCACCACUUAAAAUUCAGAAUCAAAUAACAGCAUGUUGCACUGGUGACUUUUCUAUGGUGGUGUGAGCGUAUUAAAAAAGGGUAACACUGAAGCAAGCUGUUUGUGUUGUGCUAAUUUGCAGUAUUGUAAUCCACACUGCUUUUUGUAGACCAACCUAGACUAUUUGAGUCUGUGGGCUCAAACAAAAUGUAAGUCUUAAUGACAAAAUGUGUUUCUCACCCUUAAUAAAGGUAUACAAUGAUGUUCAAACUGGUCUC